AUGGGAAGAAAUAGAGAAUCGCAGCCAUACCACGGCUACUACACAGGAAGAAAACCAGAAGGACAACCGUACCAUGGUUACUAUUCCGGCUUCAACAAUGAUGCUUCGGCCCAAAUCCACCACUUGGCAAGAACCAUCACUCGCGGAGCACCUUCAUACUUUGAUGAGACAUUUUCACGCUCAAACUCAAGAAGAGUGGUUUCAAAUGCACAGGGACAUUACUACCACCAGCUGCUGCACCAACAACUGACACAGGACCCACACCAACAUCAUCAACAAGAACAACAACAACAAUACCCACAACAAGAUCAACUGCACCACCUGCAGCAGUUUACUGGAAUAUCCACACCCCAUGGUAUCAACCCCGUAUUGGACAAGACUGAUCCUACAUUGGACCCGGAAAACCCGCUCUUUAGCUCCAAGCGAUGGGUGCAGAAUAUGUGGAGACUAUACCAAAGCGACUCUGAAUACUACAAGCCUGGUAAAUUGGGCGUUGCUUACAAAAAUUUGCGCGUAUACGGUGACGCCAUCGAAAGCGACUACCAAACCACCGUGGCCAAUGGUGUAUGGAAAUACACCAAGAAAUUUAUCAACAAGUUUAGAAAACACACAGAAGAAGACGAAUACACCUUUGACAUUUUAAAACCAAUGGAGGGAUUGAUCAAACCCGGCGAAGUCACCGUUGUGCUCGGAGCACCAGGUGCAGGAUGCACAACAUUUCUCAAGACCAUUGCAUGCCACACCGAAGGCUUCAAAGUCGCCGACGGCUCCAUAAUCUCAUACGAUGGUAUCACACCAGAAGAAAUUAAGAAAAACUUGCGAGGAGAAGUUGUCUAUUGUGCAGAAACCGAAGUACAUUUCCCCAAUUUAACAGUGGGCCAGACUUUGGAAUUUACCGCAUUGAUGAAAACACCAAGAAACAGACCAUUGGGCGUUUCUCGUACAGACUAUGCCAAACACAUUGUUGAUGUUGUUAUGGCUACAUAUGGGCUUACACACACCAAGAACACUAAAGUUGGAAAUGACUUUAUCAGAGGAGUCUCGGGUGGUGAGCGAAAGAGAGUCUCGAUUGCAGAAGUUUCAUUGGUGCAGGCAUCAAUUCAAUGUUGGGAUAACUCUACUCGUGGCUUGGACGCAGCCACAGCUUUGGAAUUUAUCAGCUCAUUGAAAACUUCAGCUUCAAUCUUGAAUGAUACCCCAUUAAUUGCAAUUUACCAAUGCUCACAAGAUGCUUACGAACUAUUUGAUAAAGUCAUUGUUAUGUAUGAAGGAUACCAAAUUUUCUUUGGAAGCAGCUCUAGAGCAGCAGCUUAUUUUCAAAGAAUGGGCUAUGUAAUGCAAGAUAGACAAACAACUCCAGACUUUUUAACCUCAGUCACCAACCCUGCAGAAAGAAUAAUUAGACCCGGGUUUGAAAAGAUUGUGCCACGCACACCAAAGGAGUUUUAUAGAUACUGGAGAAGAUCACCUGAAAGACAAGCCUUGCUUGAAGAGAUUGAUGAAUACUUGGACAAUUGCGAAAAUUACGACCAAAAGCAAGAGAUUUUCGAAGCCAUGAUUGCCAAAAAAUCAAAACAUACCCAUACAAAAUCACCAUACACAGUCUCAUUACCAAUGCAAGUGCGCUAUAUCAUUGGAAGAAACUUUGACAGAAUGAAAGGUGACCCAUCUUUUCCUAUACUAACGGUAUUUGGUAACGUGGCCAUGAGUUUGAUCUUGGCUUCUGUAUUUUACAAUUUAAAACCAGAUACAAAUUCCUUUUACUAUAGAGGAGCCGUUAUGUACUAUGCAUUAUUGUUCAAUGCAUACUCUUCAGUGUUGGAAAUCUAUGCUAUUUACGAAAGUAGACCAGUGGUGCAAAAGCAUCGAGAAUAUGCACUUUACCCGCCAAUGGCUGAUGCAAUAGGAUCGAUUUUGGGUGACAUACCUUUAAAGCUUGUUACAAGUAUUUGUUUCAACUUGGCGCUUUACUUUAUGGUUAAUUUCAAAAGAGAACCAGGUGCGUUUUUCUUUUACUUGUUGAUCAAUUUCCUUUCCACGUUGAUGAUGUCGCAUUUAUUUAGAACUAUUGGUGCAUAUACAACUACAUUGGCAGAAGCCAUGACUCCAUCCUCACUCUUGUUGUUUGCUUUGAGUACAUUUACCGGUUUUGCCAUACCCAUCACAUAUAUGCAUCAAUGGUGUAAAUGGAUCCAUUGGGUUAAUCCAUUAUCGUAUGCAUAUGAAGCCUUGAUUGCCAAUGAAUUCCAUGGCCGCGAUUUCAAUUGUACAUACUUGGUUCCUUCCGGGUUUGGAUACCCAACAUCCGGUCCUUCAGUGGUUUGCGCUUCAAUGGCGGCUAUUCCUGGCUCAUACUUUGUUAAUGGUGACCUUUACAUCAAGGAAGCGUUUGGCUAUUACUGGAAAAAUGCUUGGAGAAACUUUGGAAUCCUUUUGUCAUUUGUUAUAUUUUUAUUUAUCACCACUUUGGUUUGUGUUGAAUAUAACCGAUCACAAAUAAAUAAGGGAGAAAUCUUGGUUUUCAAAAAGAAGGAUAUCAAGAAUAUGAGAAGAGAUCAAAUUGAUGAAGAAAAAGGCUUGGCAAUUGCAGGAAAUGGUUCGGGUGGUAGUGGCGGAAGUUACCUUGAAGAGAAGUCGCACCAUAUGAAUUAUAGCGGCUCAACUGAGUUUUCAGACUAUUCGUAUGACUAUUUGGACAGAAAGAUCUUGGAAACAUCAAACAUUUUCCAUUGGAGAAACUUAUCCUAUAACUUGCGCGUUAAGGGUGAAGAUAGAACUAUAUUAAAUGGAAUUGAUGGUUGGGUCAAACCAGGUGAAGUUACCGCAUUAAUGGGUGCCUCGGGUGCUGGUAAAACAACAUUGUUGAAUGCAUUAAGUGAACGGUUAACUGUUGGUGUGAUUACCUCUGGCUCGCGAAUGGUUAAUGGUGGUCCUUUGGAUAAUGAUUUCCAAAGAUCAAUUGGAUAUGUUCAACAACAAGAUUUACAUUUGGAAACAUCAACAGUGAGAGAGGCUUUGCAGUUUAGUGCAUAUUUGAGACAACCAAAGGAUGUUUCUAAAUCCGAAAAGGAUGGAUAUGUGGAGAAAAUUAUCGACUUGAUGGAAAUGAGUUCAUAUGCAAAUGCAAUUGUUGGUGUACCAGGAGAAGGUUUGAAUGUGGAGCAAAGAAAGAGGUUAACUAUUGCAGUAGAAUUGGUGGCAAGACCCAAAUUAUUGGUAUUUUUGGAUGAACCUACUUCUGGAUUGGAUUCGCAAACUGCAUGGUCAAUUUGUAAAUUGAUUAGAAAAUUGGCAAAUCACGGCCAAGCCAUCUUGUGCACCAUCCAUCAACCGUCCGCAGUGCUUUUGGAAGAGUUUGAUCGCUUGUUAUUCUUGCGCAAGGGUGGAGAAACUGUUUAUUUUGGUGAGUUUGGGUACAAUUGUCAAACUUUGAUCAAUUACUUUGAAUCGCAUGGCGCCCCAAGGUGUCCACCAGAUGCCAACCCUGCCGAGUGGAUGUUGCAUGUUAUUGGUGCAGCGCCUGGUUCCAAAGCAAAUCAAGAUUAUUUCCAGGUUUGGAGAAAUUCCAACGAGUACAAGAUGGUGCAAAGAGAAUUGGAUAUGUUGGAAGCACAAGGCGGCAGCAAUGGUGGUCUUGAGAAUGGAGCCAAUAGAUAUGUUGAUCCAGAUCGUGAUAAUUCAUAUGCUUCGUCAAUCUGGUUCCAAUAUUAUUAUGUGCUCAAAAGAUUGUUCCAACAAUAUUGGCGUACACCAUCCUACAUUUACUCCAAAUUUGCCAUGGCCAUUCUUUGUUCUCUUUUUAAUGGGUUUGUCUUUUACAAAUCGGCAAACUCGAUGCAAGGUUUACAGAAUCAGAUGCUUUCGAUCUUUAUGUUGUUUGUUGUUAUGACUACACUUUCUCAACAGUAUGUACCAAUGUUUGUUACUCAGCGUGAUUUGUAUGAAGCAAGGGAACGUCCAGCAAAGACAUUUUCUUGGUUUGCAUUUAUCCUUGCACAAAUCACCGCCGAGAUUCCAUACCAAGUUGUUGCUGCGGCAAUUUCCUUUUUUACAUGGUACUACCCAGUUGGUAUGUACCGUAAUGCCGGAGAUGCCACAGCUCAACGUGGUGCAUUGAUGUGGAUUGUGAUGACGUUGAUGUUUAUUUACAGUUCCACGUUGGCUCAGUUGUGUAUUUCGUUUAAUCAGUUGGCGGAUAAUGCGGCAAAUGGUAUUUCCUUGCUUAUAACCAUAAGCAUGACAUUCUGUGGUGUUAUUGCGACAAAGGAUUUUAUGCCACGUUUCUGGGUGUUUUUGUAUAGAUUCAAUCCAUUUACUUAUUUGGUUUCGGCGAUGCUUUCCAUUGGUGUUGGUAAUUCGCAUGUGAGAUGUGCCGAAAACGAAUACUUGCAUUUCCCUACUGAACAACCGGGUAUACAGAAAUGCAAAGAUUACAUGGGUGCCUACAUGUCCAUUGCCGGUGGUUAUUUGACCAACCCCGAGGCCACUGAUAAUUGUCAAUUUUGCCAAAUGAAUCUGACAAACCAAUAUUUGCAAAGACUAAAUAUCUCAAUCAACAAUUUUGGACGAGAUACCGGAGUUUUCAUUGGGUUUAUUGCAUUCAACAUGAUCUUUACUGUUUUGCUUUAUUGGUUGUUUAGAGUGCCAAAAGGUGAUAGACAAAAGAAUAAUAAUUGGUUGUCGAAAUUAGUGUUUCACAAUGGAUACAAUGAUCAAGCAUGA